AUGCGACUUGAUAACGAGCCAGCAUCGGCGCAGAAAGAGCACGCCUCACUGCAGACCACCCCCGACCAGAGUUCAGCCCGGGAUCAGAGCCAGAUGGUCCUCCGUCAGACCUCGUUCCAGUCCAUCUUCGGCGGCGGAUCCGACAGCGCGGACGACUGUGAUGCGGACUGCGACUCUGCUCAGCAUGGGCCCCACAGUUACGCCGGUGCUACCUCGACUCCCGCAAAGCUUGCGGACGAAAAUGUUGCCCCGUUCCUGGCGCGACACAUUCCCGAACAAUACGCCCCUCUAGGCUCGCGAAUCGUCCAACCCGUUGAUAUCAGCAGCGCCAACUCCAAGUACUGCUAUCGCCACCGACCAGACCUCAAGUGCCGACGCCAAGCGGACGAGCCGUCAAUGGACAAGUUACAACGGGAACUCGAAACGCUCCCCCAGAGUGAUCAGCAGGGCAUUGCUCAUGUCUGGUCGCUCUUCUCGGCCGCUCCGGCCAAGCACCGGAAACUGAUUCUGCAGGGCAUCAUGUCUCAGUGCUGCUUCCCCCAACUCUCCUUCGUGUCGGCGACGGUGCGCGAUCUAAUUCGAAUUGACUUUCUCACCGCCUUGCCGCCUGAGGUCUCUUUCAAGAUCCUCUGCUACCUCGACACUACGUCGCUCUGCAAGGCCGCUCAGGUGUCACGGCGCUGGCGCGCUCUCGCCGACGACGACGUGGUCUGGCAUCGCAUGUGCGAGCAGCAUAUCCACCGCAAAUGCAAGAAAUGUGGCUGGGGUCUGCCUCUGCUGGACCGCAAGCGUUUGCGGGAAUCGAAACGCGAGAUCGAACUACGUGCGACAACGUGGGACAUCAACGGCCCCCCCGCAAUUUCAUCUCCUGCCGACGAUGCCAGCAGUCAGUGCACUGUCACCGAGGAUACGGGCUCGGCCAAGCGAAAGAUCGACUCGAGCGACGACGAAGACGACACGGCGGCGAAGCGGCAAUGCUCGUCGUUGGUGACCCGAUCCGAAACCGACGAGGAUUACUUCAAGACCCGAUACCGACCGUGGAAGGAAGUCUACAAGGAUCGGUUCAAGGUGGGCACGAACUGGAAAUACGGACGCUGCUCCAUCAAGACCUUCAAAGGACACACCAACGGUGUCAUGUGCCUGCAGUUCGAGGACAACAUCUUGGCGACCGGAUCCUACGAUGCCACCAUCAAGAUCUGGGAUACCGAGACCGGGGAGGAGUUGCGCACUCUGUACGGCCAUGAAUCCGGAAUUCGGUGCCUUCAGUUCGACGACACGAAAUUGAUCAGCGGCAGUAUGGACCGCAGCUUGAAAAUCUGGAAUUGGCGAACGGGCGAAUGUAUCUCCACCUACACCGGCCAUCGAGGCGGCGUCAUUGGUCUCCACUUUGAUUCCACAAUCCUCGCUUCUGCCUCCGUCGACAAAACGGUGAAGAUCUGGAACUUUGAAGACAAGUCUACUUGCCUGCUGCGCGGACACACCGAUUGGGUCAAUGCCGUCCGAGUCGAUACUACCUCUCGAACCGUGUUCUCGGCAUCGGACGACUGCACCGUUCGACUGUGGGACCUGGACACCAAAACGUGUAUCAGAACUUUCCACGGUCAUGUGGGACAAGUUCAGCAGGUGGUUCCUUUGCCCCGCGAGUUCGAGUUCGAGGAUCACGACGCCGAAUGUGAGAACGACAAUCUCAGCACGGUCUCGGGCGAUAUGGAGCCCGCCUCCCUGCAGGCGACUCUGGGCCUGGAGUCGAACACCCACAACUUCCAAUUCUCCCCCUUUGGACCUUCUUUCGACAACGGACGUCCCACGCCACCUCGCUACAUGGUCACCAGUGCCUUGGAUUCGACCAUUCGCCUGUGGGAGACCACCACGGGCCGUUGCCUGCGCACCUUCUUCGGCCAUCUGGAGGGCGUGUGGGCACUGGGUGCCGACACUCUCCGGAUCGUAUCCGGGGCUGAGGAUCGUAUGGUCAAGAUCUGGGACCCGCGAACGGGCAAAUGCGAGCGCACGUUCACCGGCCACUCCGGCCCUGUUACCUGCAUCGGCCUGGGUGACAGCCGCUUUGCGACCGGCAGCGAGGACUGCGAAGUCCGCAUGUACAGUUUCCAAAGCUAG